AUGUCUUCCACUCAAAUCACACAAACACCACCCGCACCUGACCAUCCGAGCCAACCGUCUAGCUCGUAUCUCAAGAAAGAAGAGAAGAUAAAAGACGAUCACCCGUCAACAGACCUCUUCCUCGCAGUCAGUCACGCCGCUGUACAACGCCAACAGGAAAGCAUUCAGCAACGAGAGAAACAACAAUGUCUGGAGCAGAAGUGGAGGGAAGAACAUGUGUUGAAGCCCCAGAUGGAACAAAAAGCGGAGGAAAAGGCAGAAAAAAAAGCCAAGAAGUUGGUGGCUGAACUGUUUGCGAAGGAGUUGACGCAGCGGAGAGAGCAGCGCGACAAGACCUCAGCGCGGAACUAUCUUUCGAGAGUAGAGGUCGACGAAGAAGUACACAGGCUGGUGGAGGCAGUAAUUCAGGGCGUCGGCAUGGAAAAGCGGCGCAUGGAAGACGGCACGGAAGAACCGCACGAAGUCUGGCGAGAGAGAAUGAUUGCCCUAAGGAAACAGAUAUGCGGUGUUUGGAACGACAAUGACGGAAGAAUUCUCAUGGGACUGCCGCAGUAUGUGGAGGGAUACCCCGUCAGGGAAAGGAUUCGGCCACCGAUUUUCCUGGCUUUGAGGAGGCAGAAGAUGUCUGGGUUGAGAGGGUGUUUGCAAUGCGAAGUGAAGGGAUUGGCGUGCUCGAUGAGUGUGCAGGGGAGGGAGUUGAACCAUCGGGGGUGCAAGAGAUGUGAGGCGGAUGGUGAUCGGUGUAUUGUUGACUGUGAGCUCAUUGAAGAGGAGGAGGAGGAGGAGGGGAAGGAGAAAGAGAAGAUUGUUCAUAUAUGGGAUUGGUGGGAUGGAGCGCCAGAGCGGGAGGCGGACACGGAUUCGGCGGCGGAGGCCGUGGAGAUGUGGGAGCGUCGAAGAAGGGGAGCGAGGCUGGAGCCGAUAGGGGGCGUCAUGCAGUGGGUUGAGGUCAGGGGCUUUGCGCCCCGGUGGGUUGAGAAGCAAGAGUGA